GUCAAAGUCGUCAAAGUCAAAAUCAUAUGUGAUUGUGUUUGGUAUCUGUCACAUUCAAAUUCUCGCUAUGUGAACAAAUUAUUUACGAAAACAAAUCAAAAAACCCGCUAAAAAUUCAUUGUAAAUAUUGUAAAAAUUCAGUGUAAUUUGAGGAAAUUUUUCCGUGCAAAGUUCCAGUUCCAGAGUCAUUUUGAAGUUAAAUGGGGGUUAAAGAUCUUUUUACAUGGUAUCAGAAAAAAAUUGGGACUUAUGACAAGCAGAAAUGGGAAACGACUAUAGAACAGAAAAUCUUGUAUGGACUGACACACGUCCAAAUGAAGAGCACCAAACCUAAUACAGAUUUCAUUGACCUUGAUUUGGUUCGAGGUUCUUCAUUUUCGAAAAUCAAACCUAAGCAAGGUUUCAUGACUGUUGCGAAAUUAGCAACGUUUCGUUGUUUAUUUCUGCCAGUUUAUUCGAAAUGGUGGAUGCAACAAACAUCUGUAUCAAUUUUUACGCUUAUGUUUUGUUUAUAUGUUUCUCAACUAACAAAUAUCGCAAUAUACUACAAAAAUUCAUGGACAAACCAAAUGUUAGAUAAGUCACCUGAAAAUGUUAUGUGUAUGGAAUUAAUCGUUCCAUUUCUAAUGACUUGGGUUUUAAGCCUCGUACAUUCUCAGAUAGCCGCAACAAUGCCAGUAACUGAUUCCCAAAAAAACAAACUAACAAAAUCGCGAAAUUUCAGACGCAGAUUGAGCGCUGUUAGAAAAAUACCAACAGAUGGCUCUUCGGCCGAAUCUCUCCUAAAUCUGCGAAUCCACAAAAAAACUAAACGAAUUCAUUUCAAUUUGAACAGCGUUUCCGAACUGAACUGCAAAGAAAUCAACAAAAAUCUCAGGAAACGACGAUCUAGCGACGGAGUACAAGUCGACGAUGAUGGUUUCGAGAGUCUCAACGGAAACGGUUCGAGGACAAGUGAGGAAGAAAUUGUUCCAACCGCAUGCAAGAAUGUGUUAUUAACCUCGCACAAGCGUUGCGAUGAGUGGGUGAAAAAACAAUCGCUGUCGAAUAUUUCCAACGAAUCGAGACACAGUACCGAACUCGAGAGCGAUGCCGAGACCGAGUCGGACAUUAAAAGAGCGAAAUAUAAAAUCCCGACAAUAAAUAUAACAUCAAUGGACAGCAUGUGUGACACUGAUGAUGAAUAUGAGAAAACUUCAAUCAAAACUAGUAAAAUGAGUUCGUCAACAAACGAAUGGAUGAAUGUGACGACCAAUAGCGAGGACUGUAGUUACAGUUCCGACUUGGAUGAGGUCUCCGAUGGUCACAUUGAGCCAAAUCAUGAUGAUGACCACGAUUUGACCUCGACGGCCGUUUUCAACCCGCCCUCAAUCAAAGUCAGUUGCAUAAUCUGGAAACGAAACGAAAUCAAAAAAGCCGAUCUCUCCAUGUUGGACAUCAGUUCCGCCAUCAUCGGAAAAGUCGAGUCAACAUCACAAAGCAUGGAUUAUUUCUAUGUCGGAAUCAUAGUUUCGACCAUUCACGCCCUCAUCCCAAUUUUAUUCCGCGUGUGUAACUCCACUCUUGAAUCAAACUCGUUCGUCGAUGGCCAAUACUCCAUUUUCGAACUGUUUGACUCGAUCAUGGGUAAAUUACCCAACUCAGUCUCGACGUUAAUCGAGGCGGCUUUUGGCACAACUCUGUGGGAACGCGCAAUUAUAAUAACGGCGUGUCUCCAACGCUGGUUUCUGGCGAGUCUCUUCUUUUUCCUCCUUGCCGUUGCCGAAAACACAUUCAAACAGAGAUUCCUCUACGCGAAACUUUUCUCGCAUUUGACGUCAUUCAGACGAGCACAGCAGUCCGAAUUGCCGCAUUUUCGGCUCAAUAAAGUACGAAAUAUAAAGACCUGGCUUUCAGUGCGCUCGUAUUUGAAACAAAGGGGGCCUCAGAGGUCCGUCGAUGUUAUUGUGUCAACGGCUUUUAUUAUCACUUUGCUGCUUUUGUCGUUUCUCUGCGUCGAGUUGUUGAAGGAAACUGGAGCUUUAAAUUCGCAGUAUCACGUCGAGGCUUUGGUAUGGUGUCUGGGAGUGGGGAUCCUGCUUCUCAGAUUUAUGACUUUGGGGAAUAAAAUUAAUAAGAAGUAUAGGAAUUUGUCGGUUUUAAUCACAGAACAGAUAAAUUUACAUUUGCAAAUCGAACAGAAACCGCAGAAAAAGGAAGAGUUAGCGUUGGCUAAUAAUGUGCUAAAGUUGGCCAUCGAUCUCAUUAAAGAGCUGCAAAGUCCGUUCAAAAUUUCAGGCUUGUCGGCAAAUUCCAUCUUGUACAACACCACAAAACUGAUCAUUUUGUCGGCGCUUUCAGGAAUCUUGUCAGAGUUGUUGGGAUUUAAACUAAAGUUGCAUAAAAUCAAAAUUAAGUAAGAUUUUAGUCAUAAAUUGUUGUGAUUUAGACUGUUUAUAUUUGUUUAUACAUUAUUCAAUUGUAUAUUUUUUGUAAGUGCAAGAAAUGACUGUUUUUUGUCUAGUGUUAGACAGCAAGUAAAGGGUAACCCUGCAUCUAUUUUACUUUUACAUCAUGAAAUCUCUUAUUUUUAUUGGUUUUUAUUUAGUCUUUAAUAAAUUAUCUUCUGUGAUAAUCUAUUCUGAGCAGCUAUUUUUUACGUUUGAAGAAAUGUAGCAGUUGCAAUUGUAGUUAGUGUCUGUUUUUCAAAUGUGGCAAACUUUCCCCAGUGAUGUUUCAAUGUUUUACCAAUUUCAAGCAAAAACCUUGGUAGAAUGCAUAAACUGAUGUGUAAAUACGUCCUUAAUACAAAAAAUGAUCUCUAUAUACAAAAAUUGUAAUUUUAUACGUGAGACUCACUAUUUUUAUGAAACAUUAAAGUCGGGCUAAUUUCCGUUAUAAUCAUAAAAUUUGUUUUAAUAAAACGCAUUGUAUCAAGGUUAAUGGUAGGUGCUUAGCAUGCAAACAAAAGCUCAAUAAGAACAGGGUUUUGUUUCUCGUUAGAGUAAUAAGAAAUUAAUUGUAACUAGAACACACUUUAUUGUAAAAUAUAUAGACGUUAAUAAACAUGAAGAUAAAAACA